AUGGUGAAGAAAAAGAGAAAAAUUUCCAGAUUUUUUGAUAUAAGAAGCACAGUUUUCUUUGAAAUCACCAUUGGGAUCAUAGCCAACACUGUCCUCCUUCUGUUCCACAUUCUCCAGUUUCUAUUCAAACACAAACCCAAGCCCCUGGACCUAACUAUUGCUCAGUUGGCCCUAAUCCACUUGGUGAUGCUGGUAACCAUGGGUUUCAUAGCUACAGACACUUUUGGGUUUCAGGGUUGGGAAGAUGGCCUCACAUGUAAAGUAAUUAUUUACAUGCAAAAGUUGAUGAGAGCCCUCUCGAUCUGUACCACGUGCCUGUUGAGCAUCCUCCAGGCCAUCACCCUAAGCCCCAGAAACUCUACUUUGGCAAAAUUCAAACAUAAAGCCACAUAUCGCUAUCCAUGUUGCCUUGUGUGUUUAUGGGUCUUCAAUAUGCUCCUGAAUGGUCGUUUCUUAGUCUCUAUUGGUGCCACUCCCAAUGUGACCUCACAUAGUCUCAUAUUUGUCACUGAAUCCUGCUCUCAGUGGCCUAUUAGUUACUUGUUCAGGUACAUAUUUUUCUCACUGGCAAAUAUUCAGGAUAUUUCCUUUAUAGGACUGAUGGCUUUCUCAAGUGGAUACAUGGUGAGCCUGUUAAGCAGGCAUAAGAGGCAGAUCCAGCAUCUUCACAGCACCAGCUUUUCUUCAAAGAGCUCCCCUGAAGGAAGGGCUACCCAGACCAUUCUGUUGCUCAUGGGGUUCUUUAUGCUCAUGUACUUCUUGGACUGUGUUACUUUCUCCUCCCGUGCAAUAUUGUGGAAUAAUGACCCAAUUAGUCUCUGUGUACACAUGCUUUUGGGCAAUGGCUAUGCCACAGUCUGUCCUUUUGUCCUAAUGAGAACUGAAAAACGAAUGAUUGGGUGCUUAACAUUCUGGUGGAAAAGAUAA